AUGGUCGAGUAUAUGUUGUUGAUGGUCGACAACCCAGCUUUGCUUCAACAUGCUGGUGAAGCUCAUAAAGCAUCGGCUCUUCAUCUUGCGGCUCGAAAUGGACACACUCAUAUCGUUUGUCGUUUACUGGAAAACGGAUGGGACGUGAAUCGCACGACCGUACUUGGCACAGCCCUUCACGAGGCUUCUGGCUAUGGGAGGGCACAAGUGGUGCGAUUCCUGCUUCAUGCAGGAAUCAAUUCGUCACUAACGAAUGCGUCUGGUCUAACAGCACUCGAAUACGCGAAAAAGAACGCACAUCGCAAUCCAAUAACCAUUAAAGAGAUACGAUUCUUACUGAAAGGUAGGUCACAUGUAAUUUUCAACCUGUCCUAUUCAUUGGGCUAUAUUUUGCCCACAUUUAUUAUGAUUUUGCAGCUGACCCUAGCACUCAGCCCUACAGCGUGA